GCCCGGCGAAGCUUGUUCCGGGCGUGGGACCUCCCCGUAGCGGCUCCCGCUGGCCAAAUAGGGAAGCGGAGCUGCCAGCGAUCGCCGAGCUUCGCUCCUCAGAGGGCCCACCCUGGACCGCUCAGCCAUAUUUUGGGGGGGUCGGAGGAUGGCUGCUGCGACGGAGCGUGGGGGCUUUUGAGUGUUUUGGUCCGAUUACUCCCCCCCACCCCAAUAAGGAAGCGAACAACUUCUGCCAAGCAGGAUGAAUCCCAGCGAAGGUGCGGCGCCGCUGGAGAAAUACAAGCUGGUGGUGGUCGGGGGAGGCGGCGUGGGCAAGAGCGCCCUAACUAUUCAGUUCAUCCAGUCUUACUUUGUUUCUGACUAUGACCCCACAAUUGAGGACUCCUACACAAAAAUCUGCAAUAUUGAUGGUACUUCAACCCGGCUGGACAUUCUGGACACUGCUGGUCAGGAAGAGUUUGGAGCCAUGCGGGAACAAUACAUGCGUACAGGGGAAGGCUUCCUCCUGGUUUACGCUGUCAAUGACCGGGGCAGUUUCAAUGAAAUACACAAAUUCCACACUCAGAUACUUCGAGUGAAAGACCGUGAUGAGUUCCCCAUGAUCCUUGUUGGCAAUAAGACUGACCUGGACCUUUAUCGACAGGUGCCUGAAGAGGAGGCCCUUCGCUUUGCUCGGGAAAACCGAAUCCCCUACAUGGAAGCCUCUGCAAAGAUCCGAUUCAAUGUGGAUGAGUCUUUCCAUGAGUUGGUCCGAGCCAUCCGGAGGUUUCAUGAGUUGGAAUCUCCCCCUGCCCCAGCCAUUCACCCCAAAAAGAAAGAACGCAAAAGCUGUCCUUGCUCCGUUCUGUAAACUGCCAUCCCGCAUCAAGCAACGCAGCCUGGAAGAGGAAGGAGAGCAGCUCAGAUGCCCCCCAACAAAGAGGACAGAGCAGGGUUUCUCCUAGUUCCACCUCCCCUACUACAACCAGGGCUGGCACUGUGUAUUUUCUAGUUAUACCAAAAUGUUACCAUUUUUCUAUUGUUGCAGAGGAGUCUGCAAACUGGGAAUCAGGCAGGAACUAGACAAAUCCUACUCCUCCAACCUAUCCUGAACCUACGGGAGAUGCAUGCAAUUUUGUUUGCUGUACUCUGGCACUUUGCCCUCCUCUGUUCUUCCAUGGAAAUUGCAUAAAAGGUACCCUUUUUUGCCAGGAGGCAAAAAGCUUUAUUCGUUUUAAGUAAAAGAGGUACAGGGUUGUAAAUUUCACUGGUAGUCCAGUGAUAUAUUGAGUUAAAGAAUAGAAAUCAACAGAGGAUCAUAUAUUUCACCGCAGCUAAGGGCAUGCUUUUGCACAUACACAGAUAUACUUACAUGUUCAAAGACCUAUAGUACAAAUGCAUUUUAAAAGGUACUGUAAUUUUUCUAUUCCUUUUUUAAAACAUCCUAGCUCAGACUUAAGCCAUACAUGGGCCAAGCAACAAGGGAAGCAGCUGCAGACACAAUUAUACUUUCAUUUCUUCAAGUUGCUGGUACUUUCUUUUUCCUAGAGUAGGGCUAAAAACAAGCACACUUUACAGCAGUGUUUUUCAAACUUGGCAACUUUAAGUAGUGUAGACUUCAACUGCUAGCUGGGGAAUUCUUGCUGGGGAAUUCUGGGAGUUGAAGUCCACACAUCUUAAAGUUGCCAAGUUUGAAAGACACUCCUUUACAGUAAGGGAGUUUGCAACAUUGGGCUAGCAAACUCUUUUGAUAUUUUAACAGAAGGUUGUGAGGGCUCUCAUAAUAUGGUUGCCAUAUUGUGUGAGUCACCUAUUCACAAAACAAUUACUAUGAUCGGUGUGACCAAUUACAAAAUACAGCGUCUCCUCAUUUAGCAACCGCAAUUCGUUCCAGCAAAAUGGUCGCUGAGCGAAAUGAUCGCUAAGUGAACCACAUGACACAGAGACACUGCAAAGAUCACUGGUUGCUGCCAUCUCAUUCAGAUAAAGUUCUCUCAUACAGCACUGCCAGCGUUACUCUCUGUCAGGUGCAGAAAUUUGGUCAUAAGGGCACAUGUUGGUCGAAAAUGAUUUUUUUACUACCGUUUACUACCAUCGUAACUGCAAGAAGUCACUAACUUAGGUAGUUGCUAAACGAGGACUGGCUGCAUCCAUAAGGCAAAUACAUGGUGAUGCUUCCUGCAGAACCAUUUAACAGCUCCUCAACCUCCUACCAUCCCAGCUUACUGUUUUAAGAUGGUGAAUGUUGGAAACCUUGAAUGCUUAAUUACUAGAAUUAAAUUUCAGUGCCAGACUUUUUAAAAUUGCUCUGUUCAGGAACAGAAUUAUUGUAUACUUUGAAGACAUGGCCAGCUUCUGUUAAAUUCCUUCUUUGUUCCCCACUUCUGUAAUGUGCUUGUAAGGUUAAGUGAUGACAAGGAACCUUUCUUAAAAAAAUUAGCUCUUUGUGUUAGUAAAUUUUCCACUUAGCAGGGCUUCCCAACAUCUUCAGAGGUACUAUCAUGUUGAAGUAUACUAUUAUAUUGAAGUAUCAGUAUUGCAGUUGCAUGCAUUUUUAAUUGGAUGGUUUUUAUCAGUAGAUCCUUACAUCCAUUUUCCAAAGCUUGCAUGCCAUUAAACAGUUCCAUCAUCUAAGAUAACCUUCCCCAGACCUCAAAUGUGUUAAGACUACAAUUCUCAGAUUAUAUUAGGGUGGAGUAGUGGUUAACAUGUUCAAUCUGGAUCUCUUUGAUCAUGGUCAUAGAAGCUUGCUGGGCCAGUCACUGUCUCCCAGUCCAACUUACCCUACCAGGUUGAUAUGGGAAAAAUGAAGGGGAAAGUGUUAGCACUUGGACAACAUACAAGAUAUAGAUAAAAUUCUCAGCAGGCAUGACCAUGUGCAUAAUUGGGAAAGGCUAUCCUGCUAGAACAAUCUAUUGAUGCUCCCAGUAUUUAUGUUCUAAAUAUCUGCAGUUUAUAAAGCAAAUGGAUGUAUUGAACGGGCAAGUUUGAACUGUCAAACAUACUUGUGUGGUUUGAGUCUCUUAUUACCCUUCUACCAUGUUGCAGAGCAUUGCAUUCCAGCUGUAAAUGCCAAAGAGUCUCUUAUGCAAAGAUUAUAAAGCCUUGGGGUUUCCCCUUAAAUGCAAACUGAUUGUGGCAAAAGCCCUCAUAGACUAGAGACUCUAUUAAUUCUCCAAGGCCACAGUUACCAAACCGCUGCAGCGCCAAAGUGAACUCACAAGGGCACCAUGGAUAUUUUAAAUUUCCAAGGGAAGCCGCAAUACUCAACAUCUGUCAGACACUGCAUGAACCAGUAGCCUAGUACUGUAUGUUUUGUUUCCCUCGGAAAUUUAAAAUAUCCUGUGGUACCCGGGUGAGUUCGCUGUUUCUAUGAAGCCCACGGUUCUGAAACGGCACCAUGAACCAAGAAAGUUUGGGAACCUCUGGUACAAAGUGUUAUUCUAAGGCUAAAAGGAAUAUGCACACACACACAAAGGCACAAAGACACAACAAUGAAACUAAAAACCUAUUAAAUGUUAAAGUGGCCAUAGGCUGUGAAUGUAUGACCUAACCAUGAUUUUAAUAAAAGGGAAACAUUCCCAUUACCAGUG